AUGCAACCUAAACGAAACCUUACAUUAUAAUUGAAUAGCAAAGUAGAUGAAGUAUUCUUGACACUCAAUAAUAACCGCAGCAGAUAACAAUAAGAGUAUAGAUAAACGACUUUAUUCAAUAUAGGAACAUAUCUCAAGCAUAUUUAUUAGACGAAGAAAGUAAAAGUGAAGGUAGCAGAAAUUAAUGUGUAAACAAUGUAGAAGAACAGUAAGUUAAACAAAAUUCGGCUAAAAACUGUAACUCAAUAAUAAAUGAAUGGAAAAUCUCAAAAUUGUUUAUUUAAAAAAAAUAUGAAUACAAACUUCAAAAUCUUCAAUAUGGACAAUUUCUCCAUUGAAAAAGAAUAUCUUUCAAGAAACACAAAAUUGUUAAAGCAGCGUAUAAUUAAGGAAAAAAAGUAAACUAAAUGUUAGUAAUACUAAUACAUAUUUGAUAAGAAAAGAUCAGAAAAAUUAUGGCUGACUAAUAAUUGGAAUGCAUUAGUAAUUUAUAGUUAAGGUAUAGAACAUUAUUAUUUUGAUCAGUUUCUGAAGAAAAUUGCUCAUUCAGACUUAUUUGUGGUUUAAAUAGUAUCACCUAAAUUACGUUUUAAUGAUGAUAUUGAUGAUAAGACUUUUAGAAAUAAAGAUGAAUAAAUUCUUGAUAACCAUAAAAGCUAAUGUAACCUUAAACAAAAUCAUGACAAAUAAUAAUACUGA